AUGGCGUCCGGUGAGAGCAACGGCUUCGAGGAGCCCGUGAAGUUGGAGCUGCCAUCGGACGACUGGACCUCGGUGCUGCUGUUGUCAGGGUCCUGGGCCCUGGCCUUCGCCAUCUUCGCCUCGAAUGUGGCCACCCUCACGCUCGCUGUCGCCCGCACAUCGCCAGCGGUGGAACUCGAGACGCUCCCUCUGGGCCUGGCGCUGGUGAUGCAAGGUGUUGGAACCAUGGCGCUUCCGGCAAAGGUGCGCUACAUCGGGCGCAAGUACAUGUAUCUCGCGGGCGCGGUGGUGGGGCUCCUGAGCUGCGCGGCGCUCGCGCUGGGCUCCUGGCUGCUGGACUUCGGCCUCCAAUGCCUCGGUGCCGCUCUGCUAGGGUACAGCUUCGCGCACGCGCAGAACUACCGCUUCGGCGCCAUCCAGGCGAUGCCCUCCAACCCACCGCGUGCCAUCAGCCUGGUGCUCUUUGGGGGUGUGGUGGGAGCGCUGCUGGGCCCGGGGGCCAUCUCGCAGGCACGGGAUCUGCUCCCAGUACCGUUCAUGGGAAUCUAUCUGUGCGGGGCUGUUCUCAACCUCCUGGCCUUGCUGCUCCUGAGCUUCGUUCGGCUUCCGGAAGGGUCCGCUGCGCAGCCGAAGGCUGCCAUGGGCCAGCCGAGGUCCCUCAGACAGUUGCUUCUCCAGCCACGGUGUGGUGCAGCCAUCGUCGCCCUGGUCGCCUCCUACUGCAUCAUGCUGAUGCUGAUGGCACCCACGCCCGCUGUCAUGAAGAACCAGUACAGCCACUCCUUCACCGCGUCCACGCUGACGAUGAUGGGGCACAUGUGCCUUGGAGCUGCAAGGAGGGGAGAUUUUCUUUCCGAGGCUUCCUCCACCCGCCCUUUUCCCCUUCCCUGCCACCAGUGCUGA